AUGGUGGACGGAAUCGAACGCGGCGCCAAAGCAGACGAUCGUCGGUUGCUGGUAGCUAUGGCGAAAUUCGAUAAUGCGCCCUAGUGUGAAUACCUGGUCUGCACAUCUACGUCCAGCACAAAAUCUGCCCUGGGUGGGCCUCGUCAUAGAGUCACGCACAGCCUGGAAUCGCCUGAGUAGGACAAUACCGAAGGUAUUCGCAGCAACGUCGGUGAGGCUUUUGCCGCGGUACUUCUUGCAUCUCGUCUUGCUUGAGGAUUGGUAUAAGGAUGGCUGAGCUCCAGUCAUUAGGAGCAACCCCGUUUCUCCACGCUUGUUCAAUCACCUCAUGGAGCCAGGGCGCCACAGUGUCGACAAGACUUGUAGAUUCCGGCGGGUAUACCGUCCUCUCCGGGUGCUCUGUUGCGCAACUUUCGUAUGGCAUCGGCGACCUCUUCUUCAGGAGGGGGGUCGCAUGGCACUACAUAGUUUGGCGAGGGAAGAAACUGUGCUGCAGAGAGCAAGGGCGUGGUGGGUUAGGUAUCGGAUACUUCGGUCAGGGAUUGGAGAGUGCGUAAAGUGGUCUUAAAAGCUACGUCGCCAGCGUUAAUUAAUUCAAAACGGGCUAUGAAAACUCCUGAAAAGUGUAAUUCGGCAGAACAACUUUCAUCUGUCAUGUGUUUGCAGUUGCUGAAUGGUGGGUGUAUCUGUUUACUUUCUUUGCCCUUCGAAACCUUCAGUCCUAAAGGUUGGCAUUUCAAGUGUCAUCAGUUGUCCGGUCCUACCACUGUCUCUCUCCGAGUGCGCUUGUUUUUCCCCUGACAAGUCUCCAUUACAUAUUAAUGAUCAUUAUGCAUGCAUGGAUGUGCAGCGUAGGUUAGAACAGCUACUGAUUUGGGAAAUUAUCCAGCUGUUUGACAACGUAGAUUUAGGCUCGGACUUAUUGUGCCUUUUUGUAUGGAAGGGACUUGUUGUGCUUCACAUCCCCUUACCUGGACUAUUGCAUACAGUGUUUUAUGCGUUACAACGUUAUCUGAAAACAUCAUGUAUUUGGGAUGUUGAGUCAUUCGGGGUAGUAUGAGUUCUAUACACCACCGCAACCAAAUCAGCAGCCAUAAACCUGUACUGCCACCGCAAAUGCACAUCACUCAUCGGUCUGGUCGGCCUCUUUCGCAUCCGCAGCAUUGGGACUUACAAUCCAAGGCUCGGAGCACCGAAUUCCAACCGCCACCGUUGCUUUAAGUGACGAUUAAGCAAAACAGGUUAAACCGCUAAUAUCCCUAACAGCAAGGGGGAGAAAGAGUUUAAAUUUUGCCGUUUAAUUCUGUAAAAACCGGUAUGUGAAUGGCUUAAGGUAGAACUUGAUUCGAGUUCAACUCGAGCCCGACGCAAGCUUGAUUUGCGCCCGAGUGCCAUCAGGAACCCUAGCUCGAACGUCUAAUUAACUCAGUCAAGUGCACUUUCAAAAUAUGGGCACGCAAAUUAACGGAGUAAACGCUUUGUCAAUUUCAAAAGAUCAUUCGUAAACGGGAGUACACUGUGCUGUGUGGCUGAGUAGAUGAUUAAGCUUAAACCAGUGCAGCCUCACGUUUAAAAUAAAAUGUUGGAUAUGAAUGAAAAGCCUGCAGUGAUCCUACCCUACCCCCUGAGCUAUGUGGCCGAUCAUUGCACCGGUAACCUUACUCAGCUCCGUCGCCGAGGCAAAAUAACUUCACUCAGCCCGACUCCCUGCCUAGCGGCCAUUCGACCGACUUCAGCUCAGACACACGUGCGUCCAAACAGUCAUAGCCGUCCAUGACCCGCCUGGCAAGCCGCCCCUUGGCCAAUGUAACAUGUAUAUAUUAAUAUACAGGCAGAAUGGUAUUACCGACAAUGGCAAGGGAGACUGGAAUGGCCAUUUCUGGCUUAUUAGCCGUCGUCAGUCAGCCAUACCCAAGCCCAAAGUGUGGAAAACCCGAGCCUCGAACUCGCGACCUCUUAGUUAGAACUCCACACCUCUAACCGCUGGACCACGAGCCCGUUGCCCUGUCAGUUUUUCGAUCGGACGUUCCUGUUAAGGACGUUUUUGAGAGGAUUUUCCCGAUCGAAACCGACAAGGCAACGGGCUCGUGGCCCAGUGGUUAGAGGUGUUGACUUCUAAAUAACAGGUUGCGAGUUCGAGGCUCGGGUGUUCCACACUUCGGGCGUGGGUAUGGCUGACUGACGACGGCUAAUAAGGCAGAAAUGGCCAUUCCAGUCUCCCUUGUCUUUGUCGGUAAUACCAUUCUGCCUAUAUAUCAUGCGCCGCUGUGUGGCUGCUGGUUGGGCUCGAGAGAGACUCCAUAAGGCACAACGGAACGAGUGAGUUCCGUAUGAACGAUCGGUGAGCGCCCCCUACCAUUGUAUAUAUGAAUAUAUAUCUGGAGGGUUUGAGGUAGAGCCCUUGAUGAUCCUAUUUAUGUACAGUGCUUUUACAUAUUCGCACUCAAAAUAAAAUUGCCGGCAUUUACAAUUUGAUCGGGUCACAGUUCAAUCGUAAUCAUAGGGUAGCGCAUAAGGUUAUUGCGGAUGGACUGUACAUGACAGUGUUUUAUUGAACUGGCUGUGGGUAGUCAUGCUGUGAAAGCCGAUUUCUGUCGAAAAUUAGGCAAGAAGUUUUCUUUUAAACAUGCAAAUUGUGCCGACCGUCACCAUCUCGCUUGGAAGCGAGUUCCACGGUCGGACGACCCGCUGGCUGAAUGAAAAUUUUCGACGAUCUAAGCGGGUGCGCUCAUUCACGACUUUGUAGGUAUGGCCGCGUAGUUGGUUUGUACGGGCAAACGCAAAGAGGUCCUCCGUUCUUAACGAGCAACCUUGGUGGUGGACAAUCUGGAAUGUGCAGCGUAGACUGCAGUUAAGUUGUCUAUAAGAGAGAGGGAAUAAACCAAACACAUUCAGCCUCUCCUGGUAAGACAAAUGUUUUAGACCGUCGACCAUCUUCGUUGCUCCGCGUUGCACCUGUUCGUGUAGGUCAAUAUCCUUCCUCAUCUAUGGUGAAGCUGCUGGCAUUCCAUACUCCAAAUGGGGUUUCCAAAGACGCCAAAAAGUCUCUCGAAGAGUUCGGGAGGAAAUAUUUUAAAUGCACGUCUGAUGCAGUGUAGAGUACGAGUUGCCUUCUGGACCCUGUUUCUACAGUGUUCUGAUGGCGAUAGAUUUGUCGUCGUCCAUACACCUAGAUCUCUGUGUCUUUCCACAGUUUCUAACCUCGUCCCGUCAAUAUAGUAUUGGUGUUUGGGAGAGGCAAUGCGGCCGGUGUUCAGGUGCAAGACCACGCAUUUGGACACGUUAAACUUCAAAAGCCCUCCGUUCGACCAAACACACAGUUUGGUUGAACACGAGCCAUUAGACAGCACGAGCCCUCGACUACCGCAGCACUCACACUUGAACCUGCGUCCUCAAGCCUAGGAAAAACAGCUAGCAUUACCAACCACAUCGUCUGUCCGACAAGGCACGUCCCGGCCUCGUUAGCGGCUACUGCCGCCUGAGACGGCAACUGAAGCCUUCGUUCCGGCGUCCCAAGCUCCUGACCGUUGAGUCAGACACCACGGUCUCUUCGUCAGCACAAUUCCUGGAGAAACUCAAAGGGGUAAACCUCCAUCCAAAUGAGGUCAUGGUAUCUUUUGAUGUUACAUCCCUUUUUACUUCUAUUCCCCAGGACCUGGCGAUCGAGACAAUCGAGCUGCUUUUACAUGGCAAAUACAUUGAAACGGAAGAUCGUCUUGGACACGCCCAAAUCCUUCAGCUCCUGAAACUCUGUCUCAGGACGUACUUCAUGUUCGACGGGACAAUCUACGACCAGGUGAAGGGCACACUGAUGGGUUCGCCGAUUUUGGGAUUCAUCGCCGAGGCGGUCCUUCAACGGUUAGACUCGCUGGUCUUCCAACGCCACCGACUGAAAUUCUGA